ACAACAAAAAAGCAAACCACAAACAGGUUAAGGAACUUCAUCCAGGAUGGAUCUGCAGGAGCCACAGCAGCUGGGGAUGUUUGGAGAGGGGGAGCUGAUGUCUGUGGGCAUGGACACCUUCAUCCACCGCAUCGACUCCACCGAGGUCAUCUACCAGCCCCGGAGGAAAAGGGCCAAGCUCAUUGGCAAAUACCUGAUGGGAGACUUACUCGGGGAAGGAUCUUAUGGCAAAGUCAAGGAGAUGUUGGACUCUGAAACCCUCUGCAGGAGAGCUGUGAAAAUCCUGAAGAAGAAAAAGCUUCGCAGGAUUCCCAACGGGGAGGCCAAUGUGAAAAAGGAAAUCCAGCUCCUGCGCCGGCUGCGGCACAAGAACGUGAUCCAGCUGGUGGAUGUGCUGUACAACGAGGAGAAGCAGAAGAUGUAUAUGGUGAUGGAAUACUGUGUGUGUGGGAUGCAGGAGAUGCUGGACAGUGUCCCAGAAAAGAGGUUUCCAGUUUUUCAGGCUCAUGGGUAUUUCUGCCAGCUUAUAGAUGGCCUGGAAUACCUGCACAGCCAAGGGAUUGUCCACAAGGAUAUAAAACCUGGGAACCUCCUGCUGACAACCAAUGGGACACUGAAAAUCUCGGAUUUAGGCGUAGCAGAGGCCUUGCAUCCCUUCGCGGAGGACGACACGUGCAGGACGAGCCAGGGGUCGCCAGCAUUCCAGCCACCAGAGAUUGCCAAUGGCCUUGACACCUUCUCAGGCUUCAAAGUGGACAUCUGGUCUGCGGGGGUCACGCUGUACAACAUCACAACGGGUCUGUACCCCUUUGAGGGGGAUAACAUCUACAAACUGUUUGAGAACAUCGGGAAGGGAGACUACACAAUCCCAGAGGACUGUGGGCCGCCACUCUCAGACUUGUUGAGAGGGAUGCUUGAAUACGACCCAGCCAAGAGGUUUUCAAUACAGCAGAUCAGGCAGCACAACUGGUUCCGUAAGAAACAUGCCCAGGCCGAGGCUCUGGUGCCCAUUCCCCCCAGCCCAGAGACCAAGGACAGGUGGAGGAGCAUGACGGCGGUGCCUUAUCUGGAAGAUCUGCAUGGCUACAAUGAGGAAGAGGAGGAUGACUUGUAUGACAUUGAAGAUGAUAUCAUCUACACUCAGGACUUCACAGUACCAGCUCCUGAUGGAUCAGUCUCUGACCCUCCAGCUCUUGAUGGCUCAGUCUCUGCUUGA